GCACCUACCAUAGCCACGAAUACACGUAUCCUUGAAUUUUAGUUGUAAAAUGUACAUUUAUAUACUUUUGGUUGUGAUAGUGUUAUAUUUAUAUGGCACUCGCACGUUUAAUUACUGGAAGAAACGAGGUGUUAAACAUGACCCGCCUAUACCUUUCUUUGGGAAUAACUGGAAGCAGUUUGUGCAACAAGCAAGUAUGUGCAUGAUGGCUACGGAAAUGUACAACAAAUAUCCAGAAGAACGUGUUGUUGGAUUUUUUAGAGGCUUGAGUCCCGAGCUAAUUAUUCGAGACCCAGAGAUUGCGAAAAAGAUUUUAAUUAGUGACUUUCAGCACUUUCACGCUAGAGGCUUUAUUCCAUACAAAACUGACAUAGAACCGCUGUUGAAGAAUUUGUUCUUUGCUGAUGGAGAUUUAUGGAAACUAAUUCGUCAGCGUUUCACUCCCGCUUUCAGCACAAGCAAGCUAAAAGGUAUGUUUCCAAUCAUUACUGACAGAGCUGAAAAAUUACAAAGACUGGCAGAAGACGUAACUAAUAAAGAAUUUUACGAUGUGAGAGAACUUAUGGCGAGAUAUACGACUGAUUUCAUUGGAGCCUGUGGUUUUGGAAUUAAUAUGGAUUCUUUGAGUGAUGAAAAUUCACAAUUUAGAUGGCUGGGUAAAAGAGUGUUUCAAAGAACAACAAGAGACGCUAUAAAUGGUGCUUUAAAAUUGAUGUUCCCCACACUUUGCAAAAACCUACACUUCUUAGCUCCAGAACUUGAAACUUCUAUGAAGCACUUAGUGAAUACUAUACUGAAAAAUAGAAACUAUAAGCCCGCAGGUAAAAAUGAUUUCAUUGAUUUGUUACUUGAACUUAAAGAAAAAGGUAAAAUUGUCGGGGAAUCCAUUGAACACAAAGAAGCUGAUGGAAAACCGAAAACAGUAGAACUAGAAAUGAGUGAGAUGUUAAUGAUUGCUCAAAUAUUUGUAUUCUUCGGUGCUGGAUUUGAAACUUCGUCUACAGCUUCCAGUUAUACUUUACACCAGUUGGCUUUCAAUCCUGAUUGUCAAAAGAAAGUACAGGAGGAAAUAGACAAAGUGCUAGCUAAAUAUGAUAAUAAAUUGACAUACGAUGCUGUCAAUGAAAUGCAUUACUUAGAAAUGGCAUUUUAUGAAGGUAUGAGAAUGUAUCCAUCUGUUGGGUAUCUUAUUCGAAAGUGCUCGUCACCAACAUACACGUUCCCGGAUCUUAAUUUGACUAUUGACGACGAAGUAAAAGUCUUUAUUCCAAUCCAAGCAAUGCAUAGAGACCCAAAGUAUUUUGAAAAUCCUGACAAAUACGAUCCUGAAAGAUUUCGGAAUGGAACAAAACAUAUGAAACCGUAUUUUCUACCUUUCGGAGAAGGUCCUCGAGCGUGCGUUGGUGAAAGGUUAGGCCAGAUGCAGUCUAUAGCUGGUAUAGCAGCAUUAUUGCAGAAGUUCACAGUCGAACCAGCAACUUGCAGUGUUAGAAACCCAGAUCCAGAACCUACUGGUAUCGUAUCAGAAGGAUUCGUUGGCGGACUUCCACUUAAAUUUCGAAAGAGAAAUGACAAAUAGAUUGACCAAAGGUUUGUACUUAUUAAUCUAGAGAUUGUAGAGCAGACUGACAGCAAGAGAGAAGAUUGAUAGAGGUGUGAUAUUUUUUAUACGUUAAUGUUUGGGACUGUUGUGUCCAAAAUCAAUUGCUUGGAACCA